AGUCCAAAUCGAAGCAUGACUUUUAUUCUGAAACGGUGCAGAUUUUACUCAAAUGUUUUUGCGGGAGGUUGGAGCUGAUGUUUGACUGUUUCACUGCUGCGAACUCCUGUAAUUUGCGGAUUUCUCCAGACUACAGUGUCACGUGAAGAUGUCUGCAUUAGUAGACUAUGAUGAUUCAGAGUCAGAGGAUGACUCAUUGGAUCAAAGGGAGGACAGAGCAUCAGCUGUCCACACUGUAGGCUGUGAACAAAACCAAGCAGAUGUGGAGUGUAAUAACUCUGAGGUAACACCCAGCCCUGGAAGUUUUGCCCCUGACUGGACAGUGUUGGAAUAUCAUGGAAAUACUUCAGAAAGAAGCAGUUCUUCAAUAUGUCCUUAUCCCCAGCCACAGAAUUACACCGAUUUGGAGAGAAAAUAUUGUAGUGUUGGGGCAGCCGAAGAUAAACAUUUUAGAGACACUGCAGCUCCUCUGAGCUUACCUGAGACUCAGGGGAAGAUGGCACCCCUGCAGUCUCUUCCUUGCAUGCCACAGAGCUCCAGCGAUGCUUCAAACCCAGCAAAAAGACAACUGACUGCCUCGUCUGGUGUCAGACCGUACAUCCCUAAGAGACAGCGAUGUGCCACUUCAGUAGAGACAGUGGACCUAAAAUACACAGCAGAACAAGGACUGGGGAAUCAGACCAGAGAAAGCCAAAUUCUCUCGAAUGUAUCAGCAAAAUUGAAGCCGUAUCUUACUGAAAAGCCCAGUGCAGCGGGGAUCCCCAGGAGGCCACUGAUGAGCCUGGGAGGCCACCAGGGCCCAGUCAACACAGUGCAGUGGUGUCCAGUGCCUCAUCUCAGUCAUCUGCUGCUGUCUGCCUCCAUGGACAAGACUUUCAAGGUGUGGGAUGGAGCAGAGAGCGGGCGAUGCCUUAGGGUUUACACCUGCCAUUCUGGAGCUGUGCGUGAUGCCUGUUGGACCCCCUGUGGGCGACACCUCCUCACCGGCUCAUUUGACAACACGGCUGUGAUCACCGACGUGGAGACGGGGCAACAGGCAGUGAAAUUGGACAACCAGUUUAAGGUGAUGUGUGUGGCUCUACAUCCCAGCAACCCAGAGGUAUUCCUGUGUGGAGGUUACAGUUCAGCGGUCAAGGCUUGGGACUCUCGCUGCUGCAAGGUGGUGAAGGUUUACAAAGCAGGCAUCCAGCAGACCUUGGACAUCCUCUUCCUGAGAGGUGGUGUGGAUUUAAUAACAAGCUCUGACUGUGUGAGCAGAGACUCUGCAGAUCGCACCCUCAUUGCCUGGGACUACCAGACCACAGCCAAGGUCUCCAACCAGAUCUACCAUGAGCGUUACACAUGCCCGAGCCUGGCUCUUCACCCGCUGGAGGACUCCUUUGUUGCACAGACCAAUGGGAACUACAUGGCAGUUUUCUCCUCCCAGCAGCCCUAUAGAAUGAACAAGAGGCGACGAUUCGAAGGACACAAGGUGGAGGGAUAUGCGGUCCACUGUGACUUUUCUCUGGAUGGAACUAUCCUAGCCUCAGGGAGCUCCACCGGCUGUGCUCACUUCUAUGACUACCACAACGCUUGUAUGCUGCACACUCUGCACGCACACAGCCAGCCCUGCCUGUCUGUCUCCCAGCAUCCUGUCCUACCUACGACUGUGGCCACCUGCGACUGGACUGGUGAGAUCAAAGUCUGGCACUGACAAUGGAGCAUAUAAGUAAAUAUAGACUUUAAAAGUGGCAACAUGGCCAAGAGGAUGAGAUGGAAGACUGUAUUAAACCGAAAACUCACACACGUUCAUCUUCAAGACUUUAUGUCCCGUAAUCUCUUGGCAUAAGAAGAUAAGAACUUGGAGGAAAAAAUGCUGGAAGUCAGCAAAUCUACUCUCUAUUGUGUCUUUGAAAAACAUUUUUUUACACUGUGUAUCUUACAAAGCCUUUCUAUUUUAUUAAAAAGAAAAAAAACACAA